ACUAUUGAUGCAACUGUAUUUAGAUUCCGAACUAUUGAUGCAAUUGUGGUUAGAUUCCGAACUAUUGAUGCAACUGUAUCCAGAUCCCGAACUAUUGAUGCAACUGUGGUAAGAUUCCGAACUAUUGAUGCAACUGUAUCCAGAUCCCGAACUAUUGAUGCAACUGUGUUUAGAUUUGGAACUAUUGAUGCAACUGUGUUAGAUUCAGAACUAUUGAUGCAAUUGUGUUUAGAUUCCGAACUAUUCAUGCAACUGUGUUAG